GAAUUCCCACAUAUGGGAUAAUGAAAUAUUGACUUUAAAAUAAAUUAAGAACAUAAGCUAUUCAUUGACAAGCACAGUAAUUUUGAAAAUAUCACAUCAGAACCAGAAACAAAGAAAGUCUUGUAAAAUAUAAACAGGGGCAUCAUGACGUGACAAGUGAGUUUCAUUGGCCAAGAAGAAAACCAGAAUACGAGUAAUUAUCAGAGGUGGAUAAUGCAUUACGGCACGGUUUGGCUCUAAUUUUGGAGCUUUAAUAAUUAUUGUGUAUUUUGGCGGCUACUUUCAGGUGAUUAAGUGCUGAAGGAAAUCUAGAAUAAUGGAUGGGAGUGAAAUAAUUGAAGCAAGAGGCUUACUCGGACUACCUCCUCCCCCAUCUUUAAUUGUUGCAGUCGCUAUCAAUGGAAAUAGAAAAAGCAAAUAUGUCGUUAAGUGGGCAUUGGAGAAGUUUGUCCCGGAUGGCAAGUCUAUAUUCAAGUUGUUACAUGUCCGCCCUAAUAUAACUGCGGUUCCAUCACCUAUGGGAAAUUUUAUUCCUCUUUCACAAGUGCGAGACGAUAUAGCAGAUGCUUACAGGAAAGAAGUGGAAUGGCAAACAAAUGAAAAGCUUCUACCUUACAAAAAAAUGUGUACUCAAAAAAAGGUACAAGUAGAAAUUCUACAAAUUGAAUCAGAUGAUGUAGUGUAUGCCAUAUCAAACGAGAUCACAAAGUCCACUAUCAACAAGCUUGUUAUAGGAACUUCAUCCCGUGGCAUGUUUUCAAGAGGACGAAACUUUUCCUCAAAAAUCUCAGAAUCUGCUCCAAGCUUUUGUACGGUCUAUGCUGUUUCAAAGGGAAAGUUGUCAUCUUUGCGCCCAUCUGAUUUGGAGACAAUUGGAAGCAUUAAAGAUGACAGUAGUGAGACAAGUUGCUCUAACAAUGAUUCGUCAAGUUACAGUUCCAGCUCACAAGCAGAAUGGACUGAUCCAGGCUCAGUUCCUUCAUAUACUCAUUUCCGUUCUCCUUCACUGCCAAUGCAACGGUUUCAAGCACUUUCAACUAUAAACCAGACCCUUCUUCACAAGAAAACAAAUUCAACCGACACCAGUCAUUCAAGAAUAUCAUCCCUGGAUAUUAGGGAAGUUGAAGAUGUUAUGAGCUCCUGUCCUAGCACCUCAGAUAUUGGUUGUUCAAAUAGUAGGGUAUCAAGUUUCAGGAGCUUGAUAACAGAUAACCAGUCGUGGAUAUCUGAUCCCGCUUCCACCUCAGAUGCUCCUUCAGAUCUUUCAUCUGAAAUCCAGGUAAAUUAUUUUCCGUUCUAUUUUGAUUUGGGUUCGUGCUUCUUAGGUUACCACAAUUCAGAGUUUAAAUACUUAUCAAAGUUGUUUAUUGGUUUUCAGCUUGAGAUCUUGAGCAAUAUUCAUCAUCCCCAUUUACUAAUUCUUCUCGGCGCGUGUCCCGAUCAUGGUUGCCUCGUUUAUGAGUACAUGGAGAAUGGCAGCCUGGAAGAUAGGUUGCUCCGAAAAAACAACACACCUCCUAUCCCAUGGUUUGACAGGUAUAGAAUCGCUUGGGAAAUAGCCUCAGCCCUCGUCUUCCUCCACAACUCAAAGCCACAACCUAUUAUCCACCGUGAUUUGAAACCCGCAAACAUAUUGCUCGAUCACAACUUUGUGAGCAAGAUUGGUGAUGUCGGGCUUUCCAAAAUGCUUAACUCAGAAUCUUCUGCUAUAUCAACUUUGAGCAAGGACACGGGACCUGUGGGGACACUUUGCUACAUUGAUCCGGAGUAUCAGAGGACCGGGUUAAUCUCUCAAUCAUCCGAUGUUUAUGCAUUUGGAAUGGUGAUUUUGCAGUUGUUGACUGCAAAACCGGCCAUAGCAUUAGCCCAUACAGUGGAGUUGGCAGUUGAAGAUGGCCAUUUAGCGGAUUUACUUGAUAUAGAAGCGGGACAAUGGCCGAUUGAAGAGACAAAGGAAUUGGCUGUAUUGGGACUGAAAUGUGCAGAGCUUCGACGUAGAGAUAGACCUGAUUUGAGAGAUCAUGUUCUCCCUGAACUGGAGAGAUUGAAAGAGUUUGCAGACAGGGCACCAGAUAUGGCAUCCAAUGCUCAACUGGCACCUCCUAACCUCUUCAUGUGCCCAAUACUUAAGGAUGUAAUGGAAGACCCUUGUGUUGCUGCUGAUGGCUAUACAUACGAUCGCAAAGCUAUAGAGAUAUGGCUCAAGGAGGAUGAUAAGUCUCCAAUGACAAAUUUACCCUUGCCAGAUAAAAGUUUGAUACCAAAUUAUACACUUCUUUCUGCUAUUAUGGAGUGGAAGUCUGGAAAACAGUGAUAUUGCUUAUUGUUCAUAGCUUCUGAUGAUGACAAUGAUGAUGAUGGUGAUUUCUUGCAAGAAUUGUUCUGCAUAUAGCAUUUUAUGUGCCGUGAUGUACAGGAUCACUUGCUUGUAAUUUAGCAUUUGUUCCAAAUAUGAAAGUUGAAAUUGUGAAAUUAACAGAAAUAAGAAGGGUGUUGUGAUGAACAGGAAGAAUGUUGUUAUUGUAAUAUCAGGAGGAUAAAAGGGUUAUGUUAAUGAAAUAUUGGACUAUCAUAUUUAUGUAACAUUGAAUUUAGAACCUAAAA